UUCAUUAUUUUUUUGCUUUAUUAUUUUUUGUAUUUUACAUACGAAUUAAUAACAUAUUCCUUAUUCAACAAAUAAUUUAUUAAAAUGGAUGAAGUUAAACUAAGUGAUGAUGUAUUUGAACAAAUAAAAGAUUUUAAUCGUCGUUCUUUGACUGAAGAACAAGAAUCGUUAAUUGAUAAACUGAUAUUAAAUGAAGAAUUAAAAAAUCGUUAUAAAUUGUUUGGUUUAUGUUAUGAAUGUAAACAGCCUAAUAUUAGUUUCAAUUGUCAAGCAUGUGAUUUUAAAUAUUUUCAACAAAAUUUCAAAAAUUGGACAAGUGGAAAUCAUGACGUUGAUGAAUUUAUUCAAAAAACACAAUUAAAAGCUAAACACGGAUACCAACUUAUAGAGUGGAUUGAAUAUGAUGAAUUUGAAGACAUUGAAUAUUUAGCAAAAGGAGGAUUUGGAAUUACUUUUAAAGCAAUUUGGAGAGAAGGACCUAUAAAGAAAUAUAGUCAAGGGAAAAGAAGGGGUAGAACGGAAGUCGCUUUAAAAUGUUUACAUAACUCACAAGACAUUACAGCAGAUUUUUUAAAAGAAAUUGAGUCAAAUAUUUUAGCAUGUGAUGUUUUUAUAGUUCGUUGUUAUGGUAUUACUAAAGAUCCAAAAACGAAUAAUUUUGUGAUGGUGAUGCAAUUACAAGAAGGUAGUUUAAGACAAUAUUUAAAUAACAAUUUCAUUUCACUAGAUUGGGAGAAAAAGUUGGGUUUUUUAUAUUGUAUUACAAGGGGUCUUAAAACAAUUUAUAAAAGAGGAUUGAUUCAUCAUGAUCUUCAUUGUGGAAAUAUAUUAAGUGGUCAUGGUAAUACUUAUAUUACCGAUUUAGGAUUAUGUCAACCAGCAAAUGUAAAAAGUUCACAGGAUGGUAAUAAAAAAAUAUAUGGAGUAUGUCCUUAUGUUGCUCCAGAAGUUUUAAGAGGAAAAGAAUAUACUCAAGCAAGUGAUAUUUAUGGAUUUGGAAUUAUUGCAUAUGAAAUUUGUACAGGAUUGCCUCCUUAUCAUGAUGUAGCUCAUGAUGAUUUCUUAGCAAUGAAAAUUUGUCAAGGAUUAAGACCAACUUCUAAUUAUAAAAUUCCUCAACUACUUUUUGACAUAAUUAUUCAAUGUUGGGAUGCGAACCCUUUAAAACGACCUAAAGCAGAUGAAUUAUGUAAGUCAAUACGUAAAAUGAUGAUUAGCAACAUUAGCAAACAAAAAGAUUCUGUAAUCUACAAACAAGGCGAAGAAGCUAAUGAAAUUAACAAAAAGUCAUCACUAACAGUUCAGUCAACAUUAUCGUCCACCGGUACACUCUCAUAUACAACACAUCCUCAAGCAGUUUACAUUAGUAAACUUUUAGACUUUAAAAAUCUUCCAGAACCAAAAAAUGCAGACAAUAAUGAAAUAGAAUAUUCAGAUACUUUAAAAAUAGAUUUCACUAAACUUGAUAUUAAUUCUAAAGAUGAAAGUAAUUAAACGUAGUUAUUUGAAAUUGAAAUAUUUAGGAUAUAAAAUUUAUAUUCGAUUUUUUAUAUUUUUUAUUUUUAUUUUGAACUUUGUGAGAGAUCAAGUAUAAUGUCAUAAUUUUAUUCUUA